AUGCUAUCACGCUUCAGAAACCACAAAAACAAGAGAAAAGAGGGCUAUUUCCUGAAAAAUGGAGCUGUGAUGCUGGAACAGCUCAUCCAUUCUUUUAAUGGGAAUUGUAAUCCAAUUCGGAUGUACUUUGGAAAAGAGCUCAAGAAGGCAACAAACAACUACAACUGGGAUAGAAUGACACAUGAGAAUUGGAACUUCCAACUGUACAAAGGAGUUCAUGACGAUCAUGAAAUUCUAGUGAAGAAGUUUGAAGGAGACUCAAACAGUUGCAUGGACCCUCUAGAACUAAUUACAAAUGAAGCUGCUAUUGCCUCAAACAUGAGCAAGCAAAAGAAUGUUUUGAAGCUCUUGGGCUGCUGCCUUGAGACUGAGUUGCCUACCCUUGUUUAUGAAUUCCCAGCAAAGGGAAUUCUCUCCCAUCACAUCUAUAGGGGCAGUCAAUUGCUACCAUGGCAGACUAAGCUAAAGAUUGCAGUUGAAGUAGCAGAUGCAGUGGCAUAUAAAGACAGAGGAAAGAACAUUGCUGAUUUACAAGCUUUUCAGGUUUUAGUGAAUUCUAACGAAUGGGAAAAUUUGCAUGAUACAAGCAUGGGCCAAGUAGCAGAAUGCACCAAGCUCGCAUUAUGGUGUCUCGAGUCAGAUCCUUAUGAUAAUCCCACCAUGAAAGAAGUGGCAAGGAGAUUCAGAUUAAUAAAGAGCUUCUAA